UGUUGCAAACGUCCCUGAUUGGCUAAUCGUUUGGACCGACGACAAAUAUGGCUGCGGGGAUUCCCCCAAGGGCAUAAGGCGAGGGUCCAGGAUCACAUUCUCUGUGGGCACUUGCAACCUACAUCACCGGAGAGACGCCUUUCCCUGAGUUUACGGUUGUGUUAAUGUUGGAUGAUGUUCAAGUGGGUUACUAUGACUCCAAUGACAAACAGUCUGUCUACAGGGGACAACAUAUCACAGAAAAAAACAAGGACGAUGAAGCUCAGGAUGGAGCUUAUGUAUUUGGAGUAAUAUACCAGAGCAUGAAAGACAGAUCAUUUGAACUAAAGCACCACUUUAAUCUCACGGAAGGUGUUCAAGUCCAGCAAAAAUUAACUGGCUGUGAGAUGUUGGACAAUGGAGAACCAGCCUUGGUCAUGUUUAAGGAUGCGUUCAAUGCCAUUUAUACAGAUCGAACAUUAUAUUACAACAUGACACAUUUUACGUACGAUGCUGGGAAACUACUACUAGGAUGGGAUGGGAUAAGGCAAGCAUAUGAAAGAACACUUUAUGAGAAUGUUUACCUUCCUAUUUGUAUAAAAUCACUGAAAAAAAUCCUGAAGAGAGAGAAGAACGUUGUGAUGCGUAAAGUUCCUCCCAGACUCAGGUUGAUAAAGAAAGAGGUUUCUGGAGGGUUUCAGAUGAGCUGCUUGGCGUUUGGUUUCUACCCCCGCCACAUCAACAUGACCCUGCUGAGAGACGGCCAGCCAGUGGCAGAACAGGAGCUGACAGGGGGGGAGGUGCUGCCUAGUGGAGAUGGGACCUACCAGCUGAGGAAGAGUCUGGAGGUCAGUACUGAGGAGCUAAAGAAGAGACACAACUACACCUGUACUGCCUCUCACCUCAGUCUGGACAACAAGCUGGAUGUCAGUUGGGAGUCUGGGGCAGAGAGAGUUCACCUAUCCACCCUCUCAGUUCUACUGGUGAUGCUGCUGAUUGUUAUUAUAUUGGGCAUUUUCAUUUGUGUUAAAAGGAGGUGGAGUAACACUGCCUCACAGUCUAAACUGGUCAACGUUGAUGCAACAGUGUCAGAGGAAAUGAUCCUGUCUUCAGAUUCUGAGAUUUAAUCAAAUGUUGGGACAGAACUUUUCAGAACAAUUCAGCUAAAUUCACAAAAUAGGACUACCCCCACUAUUAUAAUUUUUAUUAUUAUUGCAGUAUUAAAGAUGUAGGAUCUUAAUUUGAGCCAGUACGCGACAGCAGGAAAACAACACUGCAGCCACAGGAAAAAUCCUACAUGUUUUACAUUUCCUGCAACAGGGAAACAGGCACAAAAUGUGUGAAUGGUUCUGUUAUUGUCAGUCAGUCUUCCCUUCCUCUCAACAAAGGACUGUAAAGGAUCAGUUUGGGGAGACUGUUGACAAUAACCAACAUCUGGGCAUUAGUCCAGAUCUGCAUUUAUAUACUUUAUAGGCUGGUUUGGCAUCCUGAGCAUUAACAAUUGUAAUCUGGUAGUUAUUUCUGUUAUGUAAUCUGUCAUUUCUAAUCAUGACUAUUCAUUAAUUUCAGAAUGCACUCUACAUCUGUGCUGUAUCAGCUGAUAUCCAGUAUCUUAACCAGAAGGAGAUCAUGUGAUCAUGUGUAUGAGGUCUGUUUAUUAUUGGAAUGUCUUUACAGUGUCUCUGUGUUGUAUUGUAUGUAGUGUUUGUUACCCCCAGGCUGUACAGUAAUACCUUUAUUACAGACAAUAACAUGUAGCUGAAUUUAUUACUGCAUUGAUUCAUGUUAACUACAACAUUAAUGAAUGUAAUAAAGCAAUGCCAAGUAUACCAUAA